AUGUAUUUGUGUUCUAGGCCAACAAAUGAUGAUGUCGAUGUACUAAAACGCGAAUUGAUUGCUGUUCAACAACGCAUGAAUGAAAUGUCGUUGGAAAAAGAGCAGCAAAUCGAACAUCUGCGUAGUGCUCUUUCAGAUAUUUCGAAAUAUGCUGAACGAUUAGACCAAAUUAAUAACACAUUUGAUCAAAAUAUGAUGCUUUAUGAUCAAAUAAUAAAUAAUCAUACAUCUCAAAUCCAUAACGAUCUUAACCAAGUGAAGCAAUUCGUUCAAGUAACACGCGAACGAAAGAGCAAUAUUGUAGCACAAUUAACUCAUAUGCGGCAAUGUUUGAGUGAAAAUCAGACGGAAAUCGAUCAAUUGAAGGAGAUAAACGAAAAACUACAUCUCGAUCUUGAACAACGAAACCAAAUAAACGAACAGUUAACUAAUGAUCUAAAUAAUGAACAGAAUACAACAACUUCUAAUCGAAUGCAGAUUGAGAAAUUAACCAGUGAAAUUCAGGAAUUAGAGAAAUUCUUAGAUGAACUUAAAGACGAGAAAAAGCAACUAUUAUUAAGUAAAAUGGAUGGAGAUGCAGAUGAUGAACGUCAAAAUCUUGUUCGACAAUUGACACAAGAAAAAGAUCAGUAUGAACAAAAAACGAAAGACUCUCGGAAACAAAUUAAACAGAUCAAUAAAGAAAAAGACAAUCUUCAAAAAGAAUUGAAUCAGAUUUCAACACAACUAACAGAAAGAACCAACGAAAAAAAUCAACUCCAAGAAGAGCAAACUCAAUUGAACAAUCAGAUCAAUUCACUGAAACAACAUCUAGAUGAUCUUAAUAAAGAGAGAGAAAGACAAAUAGAUCAAUUGAGAAACGAACUCAAUUCUGCUCGUGAGGAACAUGUGAAUCAGCAAGCAAAAUUAGAAAAUGAACACAAAGAAUUGAUCUUACAGUUGGAGAAAGAUAAAUCUGAUUUACAACAGCAUAAUUUGCAACAGGAUGUGGUUAUAAAUAUAACUAAAUUAGAGAUCGAAACAUUGAAAGCUGAGAAAGAUAACUAUGAACAACAAAUAUCAAACGAUCAACAAGCAAUCGAUGAAUUACGACGAACAGUUUCUCAAUUGAAUGUCAAACUGAACGAAAAGGAUACUUCUAUUGCUCGUAUAUCUGCUGGUAUUCGUCGUAGUAUUGAUUUUGUACAUAAAACUCAUGAAUAUAUUCAACAGACAAUCUCCCCCGCACAAGUUAAUAUGCACGCUAUGAUUGAACAGACUGAAAAAGAAUCUCAAGUUAUUCGUACGCAAACACUAGAAGACAUUCGUAAUGAAUAUAUGAAUUAUAUAACUGUUGUGCACACCAUGAUUGCUGAUAAUCGAGCUAAACUUGAUAAACGAAUAGAAGAAGAGCGACAGCAUGCUGAACAACAAUUGAAUAAAAUUAAAGAUGAACAUCGUCAACUAGUGGAGGAAUACGAUGAGCAAAAGCGAAAUUUAGAAAUGCAAUUAAGUGAAUCGAGUCAGAAGUUUGUACAGAUCUCUGAAUCUCUAUCUGAAACAAUUCAAUCGGCCACACUUCAGCAGAAAAAGUCCGAACAACAAAUUACUGCUCUCGAACACGAAUUAGCGGACGUUCGAUCUGAUCUUGAAUCUCGAGCGAAGAAAUAUGAAAUGCAGUCAUUGGCAUUACGAGAAAAUCUCGGUAAUGUUCGUGGUGAACUCAAAUCUGCACAAGAAAAAUUAGCCAUUUUCGAAAAACUCAAAUCAGAAAAAGCAGAUCUUGAAGCACAUUUGUUAGCUAGUCAAGAAGAACGUCAGCGUCUUCUCGAACGAUCGGUCACAAGUGAAACUCGAAACGAAAAGCUGUUAUUAGAAAAUGGACAAUUGGCAAAAAAGAAUUCCGAUCUCGAAUCUGCCUUACAAGAAAUAGCUCGUGAAUACCAAGGCCUUCAAAUCCAUACAAACAAAUUAACUCAACGCCGAUGGAUCAAUGAUAGUGACGUUCAUAAUUGUAUGAAAUGUGAUCAAACAUUCACAAUGACGCAACGUAAACAUCAUUGUCGGUCUUGUGGAAAUAUCUUUUGUGAUACAUGUUCGUCGAAAACAGCCAUCGUGGCAGCGUCAUCUAAAAAAGCACAACGAGUAUGUGAUCAGUGUUACCAAGAGUUAACUUCGUAA